AUGAAGUUUUCUAAAGAUGUUAGUUCUUCUCGGCGUAAAAGUAGAAAAGCGCAUUUUUCCUCUGCAUCCUCUGUUCGAAGAAAAGUUAUGAGCGCCUCUCUGUCAAAGGAACUUAGAGAGAAGUAUAAUACUAGAUCAGUUCCAAUUCGAAAAGAUGAUGAAGUUCGUAUUGUGCGUGGUACUAAUAAGGCUCCCGGAAAAGUGAUUCAAGUUUAUCGCAAAAAAUGGAUUAUUCAUGUUGAGCGUGUCACCAGGGAAAAAAUAAAUGGCACAACUGUACCUAUCGGCAUUCAUCCAUCAAAUGUUGUUAUUACCAAGUUAAAACUCGAUAAGGAUAGAAGAAAACUAUUGAAACGAAAAGAUAGAUCUGCUUCUAAUAAGGGUAAAGAAGAAUUCAUUACAAAUAACAAGGUUAUAGAUAAUUCACAAAUAAUACCUGUAUUAAAUUUUUUAGAACCAUCAGAUAAUCAAAAUGACCAUAACGACAAUAUAAAUCCAAAAGAUGAUAGCACAGGAGGUUCAAACAAAAGCUAUGGCAUUAUUCUGGAUAGUUCCUAUAAUACCUUAAAUUCGAAAAUAAUAGAAACCAUGGAUGAAUUUUUAUUACGUACUUUUUGA